UGCCGCUCUGCGGAAGCAACCAUAUAAGCACAUCUCUGGAACCUCUAACUUGCACCAGGACUUACUCUUCCAACACCAAAUCAUGGUUGAUUUGCAAAACGAGUACAUUUUAUUAUUUCUUAUCUGGCUACUCUCCCUCUUCUUUCUCCUAACCAUCUACACCAAAACUAGGGCGAAGGCUCGUCUUCCACCAAGCCCCAGAGCCAUUCCAAUCAUUGGACACCUUCACCUUCUUGGCCCUAUACCUCACCAAGCUCUUCACAAACUUUCACUCAAGCAUGGACCUCUUGUUCACUUCUUCCUCGGCUCAAAACCUUGUCUUCUUGUUUCCUCCCCUGAAAUAGUUAAAGAUAUAUUCAGAAACCAUGAAAGUAAUUUCAUGAACCGCCCCUAUUUCACCAAUCUUGAUUACCUUACAUACGGUUUAGCUGAUCUUGCGAUGGCACCGUAUGGACCCCUUUGGAAGUUCAUGAAGAAACUUUGCAUGGUUGAACUUCUCGGAAGUCGAACUGUGGAGCAGCUCCUUCCAGUUAGGCGUGAAGAGAUGAGGCAGUUUCUGAGGAUAAUUACGGAGAAAGCAAAGGCUGGUGAGGCAGUUGACGUCGGAGCACAACUUAUGAGAUUGACCAAUAAUAUAAUAUCGAGAAUGCUAGUGAGCCAGAGGUGUUCUGAUGAUGAAGAUAAAGCUGAUGAGGUGAGGACAUUGGUGAAAGAGAUGAAUAGCCUUGGAACCAAGUUUAAUUUACAAGAUUUAAUUUGGUUCUGCAAGGAUUUAGAUUUGCAGAGAUACGGGAAAAGGCUUAAAGAUGUUCGAAACAGGUAUGACAUUCUGAUGGAAAAAAUUAUAAGGGAGCACAAAGAGGAGAAACAGAAAAGGGAAAUGAAUAAAAGUGAAGAACAGGUGGGGGAUUUGCUUGAUAUCUUACUUGAUAUUUCUGAAGAUGAAAACGCUGAGAUGAGGUUAUCCAGAGAAAAUGUCAAGGCAUUGAUUAUGAAUCUAUUUGGAGCCGGGACGGACACAUCUUCCGUGACCAUAGCAUGGGGUGUAGCAGAGCUGAUUAACAACCCAGAAGUUAUGGAGAAAGCAAGAAAAGAAAUUGAUUCUGUAGUUGGAAAGAAGAGAAUAGUAGAGGAAUCAGACGUUCCUAACCUUCCAUACCUCCAAGCAGUAGUUAAGGAAACACUAAGGCUUCACCCUGGUGGCCCAUUGGUUGUGAGAGAAUCAAUUGAAGACUGUACUAUUUCGGGAUACCAAAUUCCAGCCCAAACCCGACUCUUUGUUAACGUGUGGUCUCUUGGAAGGGAUCCAAGCCAGUGGGAAAGCCCACUUGAGUUCAGACCAGAAAGGUUUCUUAGCCCAGAGUGGAAAGCAAAGAACCAGCUGUUGGAUGUGAGGGGAAUGAAUUUUAGUCUGCUGCCUUUUGGAACUGGAAGAAGAAGCUGCCCUGGAGCUUCACUAGCACUUCAAGUAGUUCCAGCAACCCUCGGAGCUCUGAUACAGUGCUUUGAGUGGAAAGCUGGAAAUGCAGUGAAUGGUAAAGUUGACAUGGAAGAGAAACGUGGUAUGACCCUUCUCAGAGCUAAGCCUUUGGUUUGUGUCCCAGUGGCUAGGCUCAAGCCAUUUCCAUCAUUCUAAAAGACACAGAUUUUAUGUGAUAUUUUGUCAAUAAUAAUCUUCCCUUGUUAAAGGCAAAGCAUUUCAAUCCGUUUAGACUCUGCCCUUUGGCCCAAAAAAGGACCAACUUUAAUUUGUCAUGU